AUGGAGCCGGGCGGCGGCCGCCUGGAGGACUUCCCUCUCAACGUGUUUGCCGUCACCCCUUACACCCCCAGUACUGCCGACAUCCAGGUGUCCGACGACGACAAGGCGGGGGCCACCUUGCUCUUCUCGGGCAUCUUCCUGGGACUGGUGGGCAUCACGUUCACCGUCAUGGGUUGGAUCAAAUACCAAGGCGUCUCGCACUUUGAAUGGACCCAGCUCCUGGGGCCCAUCCUGCUGUCAGUCGGGGUCACGUUCAUCCUGAUCGCUGUGUGCAAGUUCAAGAUGCUCUCCUGCCAGCUGUGCAAAGAAAACGAAGAAAGGGCCCUGGACUCGGAACCGACUCCAGGAGGACAAUCGUUUGUCUUCACUGGCAUCAACCAACCCAUCACCUUCCACGGGGCCACCGUGGUGCAGUACAUCCCUCCUCCUUAUGCACCUCAGGAGCCCCUGGGGAUGACCGCCCCGUACCUGCAGCCCGGGGUGAGCCCCUGCGGUCUCCUAUCCACUGCUGGGGUAGUGGCCGCGGCGCCGAGUCCUCCCCAGUACUAUAGCAUCUACCCGCAAGGCAACGCCGCGUUUGUGGGUGAGGAAGACUGGCCGUGUGGCGUGGAUGGUAGCGGUGACAGGUCCAGCCGUGACGCUCCGCGGCCAGAGGAGUCCCAGCUGCCCGAGGGGGACUGUGCCUGCUUCUCUCCCCCGCCCUAUGAGGAGAUAUACUCCCUCCCACGCUAG